AUGUCCUUCUAUGGACGUCGCCAGGCAGAGAACAGAAAAGCUGUCCCACAAGAAGUUCUGGACGCUGACACCCAACUCUCGGAACUUGCUGAAGAAAAUGAGGUGGAACUGACCCUGGUGGUACGAAAUGUAUCCCUAGUGGUGACGGCAUCAGCUGAUUGUACCGCAAAGAUCUGGAACUGGCUUGAUGGCGAAUGUAUACAAACUUUGUCAGGGCAUGGUAGCGAUGUUCACAAGGUGAAAUUCUCCUCGGACGGCACGUGGCUCGUCACUGUCUCCUACGAUUCCUUGGCCAAGCUAUGGAAGCUUUCAAGUGGAGACUGCGUGCACGUUUUGAGGGGUCACACGAACGACAUCAACUCUGUGGCCUUUUCCCCGGACUCCGAGCUGCUGAUCACCUCCUCGGAUGAUCACACGGCGCGGCUCUGGGAUGUCGUCCACGGAGAUUGCCUGGAGGUGCUGAUGGGUCACAGUGCUGUGGUCAAUUCAGCCAUGUUCUCGUGGGAUGGCAGAUUGAUCUUGACCAGCUCCUUCGAUGGCGAUGCCAGGAUCUGGAGCGCUUUCAAUGGCCAAUGCUAUCGCACGCUGUCCUGCGGGGGUUCCGGCUCCAUGCCCUUGGAGUUCGCCGUCUUCUCCCCGGACGCCCACAGCGUGGUGACCGUGGCGCGCGACGGCUUGGUCCAGUCCUGGGAUGCGGUGGCUGGGAAGUUGGCGCAGACCUUGGUGGAUGAAGGACACCUGGUGAACUGUGCCAGCUACUCCCCCGACGGCGCCUUCGUGCUAGCCGCAUUCCUGGACUGCGCGGCACGCGUCUGGAGCCUUCACAAGGGAGAGAGGAUCCACAUUUUGCAUGGCCAUCGGAAUUUGAUUCGAUGUGCCACCUUCUCUCCUGAUUCCGCUUACGUUUGCACUGGCGCGUUUGAUGGUGUGGCCAAAAUGUGGAGCGUUCUGCGUGGCGAGUGCCUUCGCACCUUCGCCGGUCACGACGCCUUGGUGAACAGCGUCGCCUUUUCGGAGGACUGCACGCAAGUCUUGACUUCUUCAACAGAUUCGACUGCGCGUGUGUGGAACGUCUCGGAUGGCCAGUGCCACGUGCUGCUGAAGGGCCACAGCGGGGCUCUCCAUUCGGCCGUCUUCUCGGCCGGUUGA